AGGGCUUAAACUCAGCUGGGGCUGGGAAGGGGCUGGGAAGUGACUGCGGGAGAAUCACUCCCAGCCCCUGGCACAGGAAGCCUCUGGCUGCAGGACACGGCAGCUGCAGCUCCUGGAGGGAUCUCCUAAAGCUGCAACAUCCCAGUGCCUACGGAUUCUAACCCAAUGCCCGGACACAGCCAAUGUCUAACAGCAGCUCCAUCAGCCACUUCCUCCUGCUGGCAUUGGCAGACACGUGGCAGCUGCAGCUCCUGCACUUCUGCCUCUUCCUGGGCAUCUCCCUGGCUGCCCUCCUGGGCAACGGCCUCAUCAUCAGCGCCGGAGCCUGCGGCCAGCACCUGCACAGCCCCAUGUUCUUCUUCCUGCUCAGCCUGGCCCUCACCGACCUGGGCUCCAUCUGCACCACUGUCCCCAAGGCCAUGCACAAUUCCCUCUGGGGCACCAGGCACAUCUCCUAUUCAGCAUGUGCUGCUCAGGUGUUUUUCUUUCUGUUCUUCCUCUCAGCAGAAUAUUUCCUCCUCACCAUCAUGUGCUACGACCGCAACAUGUCCAUCUGCAAAGCCCUGCACUACGGGACCCUCCUGGGCAGCAGAGCUUGUGCCCACAUGGCAGCAGCUGCCUGGGCCAGUGCCUUUCUCAAUGCUCUCAUGCACACGGCCAAUACAUUUUCCCUGCCCCUGUGCCAGGGCAAUGCCCUGGGCCAGUUCUUCUAUGAAAUCCCACACAUCCUCAAGCUCUCCUGCUCCAAAUCCUACCUCAGGGAACUUGGGCUCAUUGCUGUCAGUGUCUGUUUGCUCUUUGGCUCUUUUGUGUUCAUUGUUUUCUCCUAUGUGCAGAUCUUCAGGGCCGUGCUGAGGAUCCCCUCUGAGCAGGGCCGGCACAAAGCCUUUUCCACGUGCCUCCCUCACCUGGCCAUGCUCUCUCUGUUCCUCAGCACUGCCAUGUUUGCCCACCUGAAGCCCCCCUCCAUCUCGUCCCCAUCCCUGGAUCUGGUGGUGUCAGUUCUGUACUUGAUGGUGCCUCCAGCCCUGAACCCCCUCAUCUACAGCCUGAGGAACCAGGAGCUCAGGGAUGCCCUGAGGAAAAUGGUGAUUGGAUUUUUUCAGCAGCAAUGAAGUGCCGGUUUUGUUCUCCACAGCUGCAGUGUAACUCAGUGCAGGCCCAGCCUGUCUGCUCAAGUUUUUCAGAGUGGCUGUGUGUGUGCAGGGUUUCCUUUUUCAUUUUGUGAUAAUGUUGUGCUCAAUGAAACUUUAUUUAUCCUGUCAUCAUCCCAUUACUGGGAUCAUUCAUCCUAUUUAGAAUUCACUGCUUACACCUUGAAUUUUACCCAGAGACAAUGGAAAUGAGGAAUCACCUCCUCUGUGCACUGUAGCAAAAUAAAGGAUCCUGCAGCAA